AUAGAGCAUGCAAGACGGAACAAUAUCAUAACACGAUGUUUUUUUUUCAAUGGUGGACUAAAAAAUCGUCGUAUUUAUUCACGUGCGCUGCUCUGCGCACUUUAGCUGGUAUUAUCUGCAAUUAACAGAUUGCAAUUACCUUUCAAAUGUUGUGUAAAAUCAGUUUUAUCUUAUUUGAGACCAUAUAUAAUUUUUAACAUAAGAUGUAAAAAGCUCAAAGUAAUUGAAAAUAUAACCUCGAGUAAAAAUGAAUGAUUGACAAUAAAAACUUUUGUUAAAAUACUUAAACCACCAUAUCAGAAUUUUAUUAUAUUCCACGUAAGCCCGAGUUUUCCCUGAAACAUCCGUACUUACACUCCAAUUUAUAUCAUGGCCCCUCGUGAAAUGGAUUUUGGCCAUGACCUCAUGCCACAAAAGCCAUACGAUGGUUCACCUUUUGGCUCCCAAUCACACAGAUUCGACGUGUCUGGCGUGCAUCCGAAUAUGAAGAAGCAGGGAAGCUACACUGAAGUGGCGUACGAGCGAAAAUCACUCACGCCACGAGCGAGACAGUUGGGUCCUGGCAGGUACAGUCUGGACACUAGGCGGAGUGUGACCCCUGGACCAGGGUGGGAGAGGGCGGUGGAGGUGGCGAGGAUGGCCAAGAUGCCACACCUACUCUACAGGGAGACAUGGGAGAGGGAAAAACAGGCGAAACUGAAUAUGGGUCCCGGUCGAUACAACUCUCGGGACUUCAUCCAAGAGCUGUCAGAUAGAGUCCACUCG